AUGAAAUUGAACUUCAUUUUAAUUUAUUUCUUGAGUUAUUUCGCUAUUACAAAAUGUGAUACAAGCUGUGACAAGUCAAAUGUUGCCUUAAACGAAGGAAAUAUUGGCGAAAAUGGCAACUUGCCCUGGCUGGGAGUUCUACGAGUACAUAUACAUAUAGGUACAUUAUUCCAAACGGCCGUAACUGGUAUACUAUUAGUAAAGACCAACUUCGCUAUCGCCAAUUCGGGGGAUGUCAACAGAGUGUCUAAACACGUUCUUAAGACAGAUAGCAAAGCGAUGUUUAUAACAACGAAUAAAACACCGGUGUACUAUAGAAUCAACGACGUGAUGACACAUCCAGAGUACGAAUUUGAAACAUAUAAUUCUUUAGCGUUAUUGGAAUUAAUUGUAAAUAUUUUUCAUGACAAAAAUCUAAAUUUAAAACCAAUAUGUUGGCCAAACUAUAUGUACAAUACGUCAACGGAUUUGUAUGCACUCGGUUAUACCGAUGAAAAUAAAUUAUUGGAGAAAGUUGUAUACAAAAUGCAAUAUAUCACCCGACCACUAUGUGAAGAGUUUUACAAUAGGGCCAAUGUGUGUAUGAUAACUCAGAAAAUAGUUAUAAUUAAUACUUUAUCGUCACUUAUAUUAUAG